UUGCUGAAAGCUAUAGCACAAAAAGGAAAGUCCGUCUCGUAGGCCGGUGGUGCUGCUAGCUGCUCCUAGCCCUCGUAGCUAGCGCGUGUUGCAAUGGAGGUCGCCGUCGAAAGGCUGCCGGUGAAGGAGGACAAGAUGGCCGACGCCAAGCCAGAGAUGGCAGCGAUAGGAAGCGCUCUUCCGAUAGUCUUUGAAAGUUUUCAAGCAAGGCAAAGGGAUGCAGGCAUCAAGCAGGAAGACAGCAAGCUAGAGGCUGCCAAGGCGGAGAUGGGCGAGGUGAGGGAGGAGAACGAGCGCCUCAAGACGCUGCUGUCCCGCAUCCUCAGCGACUACCAGUCGCUGCAGACGCACUUCCUCGACGUCGUCAAGGUGAACGAACAAGGAGCCAAGAUGAAGCUCCCCGCGGGGCCGGGGCCGGCGCCGGCGCCGGCGCCUCCUCCCGGCGCCGACGACGAUCCCGAAGACCUUGUCUCCCUGAGCCUCGGCACGAAGGCCGACGGCGUCCGACGCAAGGGCCACGAGAGGUCUUCGUCGUCGUCCGGCACAGCCGAGACUGCCGACGAAGGCCAGCUCUCCCUCGGGCUCUGGCUGUCCACAGACGACGACAAAGCGAGCCGCGCGUCGGCGGCACCAGUUCUGAACCUGAGCUCCGACAGCAGCAGCGCCGACGACACCGCCAAGCCUGCUCAUGCCGCCGUGUGCCCGGGCAGCCCGCCUAGCAACGCGCGCAAAAGCCCGAGCGGCGGCGCCGUGGAGGGAGCGGAGGACGAGGUUCUGCAGCAACAGGUCAAGAAGGCUAGGGUUUCCGUCAGGGUGAAAUGCGACACCCCCACGAUGAACGACGGGUGCCAAUGGCGGAAGUACGGGCAGAAGAUCUCCAAGGGUAACCCCUGCCCGCGCGCCUACUACCGCUGCACCGUGGCGCCCCACUGCCCGGUGAGGAAGCAGGUGCAGCGGUGCUCGGAGGACACGACGAUCCUGAUCACGACGUACGAGGGCAAGCACAACCACCAGCUCCCGCCGGCGGCGACUGCCAUGGCGUCCACGACCUCCGCCGCGGCGGCCAUGCUCACCGCGGGCUCCACCACCUCCUCACCGGCCUCGCUCGGCCACCUCCCGUUCGCGUCGGCCGGGCUGCUCGGGCCGACCGCCAUGGUCUCCACAGCCGCGUCCUGCCCCACCAUCACGCUCGACCUCACUGCCCCGGCGCCGCCGCAUUCCUCCCUCCUGCACUCCUCACCCUACGCCGCCGCCGCGGGGUACGAGUCCAAGGCGGUCCCGGCGGCAUGGAGCAGCGGGUACCUGGCGUACGGCGGCGGCCAGCAGCCGUACUACGCCAAGAGCUCCCCGGCGACGGGGCACUUAUUCGGCGGCAGCCUGGGCGUGUCGAGGCCGGAGCAGCUGUACGCCGCCCAGUCGUACCUGCAGAGGGUGACCGGCGUCGGCGGCCAUGGCGCGGUGGCGCCGGCUGUGACGGACACGCUCGCGAAGGCGAUCACGUCGGACCCGAGCUUCCAGUCGGCGCUGGCGGCGGCGAUCACGUCAGUCAUGGGGCGCGGCGGCGGCGGUGCGGCUGCCCAGAAGUGAGAACGCACGCAUGGAUCAUGCAAAUGAUUGGCAAAUGGCGAUUCGCGCGCAUAGCAGUGGUUCGUAUGUAAUUAAUAAGUGCUUCGUGGUUAAUUACCUCGUUAAUUGGAGUAGUUUUGGUGUGUUAGCAAUUGGCUGGGGAAAUGGUGAUGAACGUAACCGAGAUUAAUUGAUCGAUGUACAUAACAUUUGACGAGUCAAACUGUAUGUACCAUGGGCGGAAUUAAACAAGUUUUGAUCAGGAUGUUCCA